CGUCAAAAAGGCCGCGCGUUGGUGUAAACAAACACUCGUGAUAAGAGCGCCUUCGUACGCUUCGUACUCGUGCUUGCAUUCCAUUUACGGAAAAGUUUCCCCCAGUUGUAGCUAAUAUUUGUAGCAAAAUGACCCUAGAAGCAAUCAAGUACAAAUCCGGCCAGCUGCAAAUACUGGACCAGCUGCUGCUGCCGGCAGAAUCGAAGUACAUUCCCGUCGCCGGUGUUAAGGAUGGCUGGAGUGCGAUACACAAGAUGCAGGUGAGAGGUGCGCCAGCAAUUGCCAUCGUUGGAUGUUUAUCGCUCGUGGUGGAGAUCUACGACAAGCAGUACGAGACGAAAGCGGCCCUGGCGAACGAAAUCGGUGAGCAUCUGCAGUAUCUCGUCACCUCCCGACCGACGGCCGUGAAUCUGAAGCUGGCAGCGGAUGACGUGAAGGGUCAGGUGGAGAGUCUUUUGGCCAACGAGACCGUUACUGUCGAUGGGAUGAAGCAAGAGGUGAUUAAGGCGAUAGAAUAUAUGCUGGAGAAGGAUAUUAGCGACAAUCGUGCCAUAGGUGACAAUGGUGCCAAUGUUUUGGUGAAGGGAGUGGAUCGACCGUUGAAAUUGCUAACCCACUGCAACACUGGAUCCCUUGCCACAGCGGGGUACGGCACUGCUCUGGGAGUGAUACGCAGUGUCAACGAAAGGAAUCUCUUAGAUCACGUGUACUGCACGGAGACGCGCCCAUACAAUCAAGGCGCACGCCUGACCGCGUACGAACUCGUGCACGACAAGCUGCCGGCCACGCUGGUCACCGACAGCAUGGUAGCGGCCCUCCUAAGCAGCCGCAUAAUCGAUGCCAUCAUCGUGGGAGCGGACCGUGUCGCGGCGAACGGUGAUACGGCCAACAAAAUCGGCACCUACCAGAUGGCUGUCGUGGCAAAGCAUCACGGUGUGCCGUUUUACGUAGCCGCCCCGUUCACCUCGAUCGACGUGGCGAUCGAGGAUGGUUCGCACAUCAAAAUCGAGGAACGGCCCGAACACGAGCUGACGCACAUCGGCGGGCAAAGGAUUGCGGCGCCGGGCAUUGGCUGCUGGAAUCCGGCCUUUGACGUUACGCCGGCCGAGCUGAUAACGGGCAUUAUCACCGAGCGCGGUGUGCUGAAGCCGUGCGAGCUGGCCGAAAAGGUCAGACAGAAGUGAAUUCGGAGGCGAAAUGGAUUGUGAAGCGAACGAGUAAAGUAUGAUGCGCUGAAACUGUGUAAUGUUUUAAAA